AGCUUCAGUGAAGGUGUAUUCCAGUCUGUAAAGUCUUUACUACAGAGUGAGAAGGAAUUAUGCAAUGUAUCAGCAGAGGACUGCUUGAAGCAGGAUGAACAUGCCAAUUUGACUGAGGACUCCUAAGACUGAGGCAGAGGGGACCGUACUGUGUAGACCUGACGCAAGAAAGUACCAGAUGUGUUCCAGUCACAAAAAGGAGGCCCAUGUGUUGGGGGAAGGUCUGAAGUCUCCAGCUAACCCAAAGCUUUGAGGCCUCGGUCAGGACUUUGCACGGGGAAGCCAUGGAAGGUUUUGACAGGGAAGUGACAUGACAGUUAUUGGGGAUCAAGUGGGAGAGGACUGGAAUUGUGCAGGUGAGAAGUGGUGGCAGUGAAAAGGCAGGAUGUGGGUGUAUUUGAAAUAUGUGUUGGAGAUAGAGUUGAUUGAACUUGCUAAUGAGGUGGAUAUGGGGGUGUUUCAAGAACUGUAUCACAGAGCCAAAUCUUUGAUCAAAGACCUUUUUGAUCAUCUUUGAAAAAAUUAUCAUCCAGUCCAAGGCAGGCAAUAUUUUUAUACUUUGUGUGCUUUUUUCCUGUUUCUCAGCUCUGUCAAAAAUCUGAGACAAAACUUAAAACUCAAAUUAAUGGAGUUUUAUUCCUGUUUUAUUCAGGUCACGUUUCUAGGUUUUAAUGAAGAAACAGAUGCUGCUCAUAUACAGGAUUUAGCUGCAGUUUCUUUGGAACUUCCAGAUCUUCUGAAUUCACUCCACUUCUGCAGUCUAAAUGAAAAUGAAAUUAUUUGUAUGAAGGAUAUAAAAAAAUCCUCGGAAAUAAACAAUGGUCCUCUAAAUCAGAGUCGUCAUUCUGGAAUGCUUUGCGUCAUGAGAGUGUCACCUACAUUACCAAGACUCAGAAUUGAUUUUAUAUUUAGUCUGCUGAGUAAAUAUGCUACUGGUAUACGAUACGCCCUGGAAACAUACUUGCAUCAGAAGGGCCAACUUGAGACCACUAAUGAAGAUGAUGAUGAUACUAACCAGUCAGUGUCUUCCAUAGAGGAUGACUUUGUCACUGCUUUUGAGCACUUAGAGGAAGAAGAGACUUCAAAGCCAUAUAAUGAUGGAAUAAACAUUUCAGCACUAAGGAACCAGUGUGAUGCCGCUUCACAGACUGUUUCUAGUCACCACUUAGAAACCCAUGAUUUAAAGAUUCUGGUUAGCUCUGGGCAGCAGAAGUCAUUGGCUAAACCCACAACUUCCUUAAUAAACAUUCUGGGGCACAAAGAACCACCUUCUGUGAAAGCUCCAGUCACAACAUCAGUUUCUGAGCCUUGGAUCCAAAGGAGUUUCUACAGGUCAACUAAUGCUCCAGAUAAAGGUAGUGAGAUACAGGAAACGUUUUUUUCUUCUUCCCCUGCGUACUCUUCUGAAUCAGAAUGCUCAAGUCCAAGUCCUGUUAUUUUCUUGGAUGAAGAGGGAUAUCAGAAAAGUUUAAAAGCAAAACUUGAGCUGCCUAAAAUUCCUGUGAUGAAAGAUGAUAUAGAGGAUUCAGACUCAGAAGUAAGUGAAUUUUUUGAUAGUUUCGAUCAGUUUGAUGAACUAGAACAAAAUUUAGAAACUCCUUGUCUGUUUAUAAAAGAUCCUGCCAUAGGGAUGCCAUCGCAAAAGAAAGGGCACAAACAUGAAAAAUCUUGUUCUGUAACCACUACUAUGAAUCCUCAAAAGUUCAAGUUUGAUCGUCCAGCUCUCCCAGCUAAUGUUAGAAAACCAACUCCGCGGAAACCAGAGUCUCCAUACAGUAACCCGUGUGACGCUCCAGAUUCUCCACGCCCAGUGCAGGCAUCCGGGGAAGACAGUGGCUUGUUUAGCCCCAUUCGAUCCUCUGCUUUUAGUCCCCUUGGAGGCUGUACUCCUGCUGAAUGUUUCUGCCAAACACAUGCUGGUGGAGAUAGAGUUCAUGAAAAUCACGAUUCGAUUUAUUACACUUACGAGGAUUAUGCGAAUAGUGUUUCAUGCAAAGUACUUGAUUCAGUUCUUCAUACCCAGCAUUCUAAUGCACUAUCAAACAUUGAUAGUAUUAAAGGUGGAGAAAAUAAAACAGUAGCUGUUAAGCAUGGGGACCUUGAUCAAAACAAUAAAUCUAAAAAUAAAUCCUUAAUGAUUAAAGAUAGCAUUCAGAAGUUCGCAGCAGAUCUUGUGGAACAAAGUUUUGGUGGUGCGUUUAGAGACUUGCAGAAAGGAGUCUCUUCAUGCACCAGUGCCUUGUGCCACUUAGCCAUCAAAUUGACGUCAUCCGUUUUUCAGAUGGCGUUUAACGAACUGAGAAGACAGCGUGCAUUUUCCCUGAAAGAGCGUGCCAUUAGUGGCCUGGCUAAUUUUUUGGUGAGUGAAGCUUUAUCAAAUGCUUUAAAAGAUUUACAGUAUGUAAAGAAGCAGAUAUUUACAAACACAGUGGCUAGGUUUGCUGCAGAUCUUGCUGAAGAGCUGGUUUUCGAAGGCAUCAUGGAAGUGUGCCAAUUUUCAUAUCCUCCCACACCGGCAUUUCCACAGCGUUGGUCGUUUGACUCUGAAGACAAAGUCGUGAAGUCGUAUGCAAAAGACUUGUCUGAAUCUGUAAUACAGGAAGCAUUCAUUGAGCUCUCACAAGUUGAUGUGACCUUCACAACAAAAGCAGCAGUUAGUGUUUCUACGGAUAACAUAAAGUAUGUGAGUGCAGAAAAUGUAGUGCCAUCAACACAGACCUUCACCUUUUCCCCUCCUUUUAACAAUCAAGCAAUUAUGGUGACCAAACCCAUACAGGAAUAUAAAAAAGAAUACACAGUGCAGCAGGCCUUGUUUUGUACUUCUGGAAUUGUUACGUCUAUACCAGUGCCCUUGGCAGGAAGUGCCCUUCUCCCAUAUCAUAUUUCAUCUGAUAUAUAUCAGGCAAAGUCUCAUCUGUCAUCUGACGGUAGUAUUUCAAGUGGUGAUUCUAGCCAAGCUUGUGUUACCACAAAAAGCAAAGAAAAGGAAGUAGCUUGUCUCAGAAAUACUUGUUUACCUUCAGGUUCAGAACACAAUCUAAGUAACCAGAAUGAUUUUAAACCAAGUCAUGAUGAUAUUGAAAUGCAGAAUUCUUCAGAAUUAACAAGUGAUCCUGCAAUCAUUAGCAGCUUUUCUGCAGCAAUGGUGCAUACAAUAGUAAAUGAAACUUUAGAGUCAGUGACAUCGUUCAGAGUUACAAAAACAGUUGAUGAACACACAGAUUAUUUAACUAAAACAGUAGAAGGAAAAAGCCCUCCUUUCUACUAUGAUCGAGCAACACUGCAACAGAAUGACGCUAGCUCUAAGGACAUGUUUGCUGACCAGUUAUCUAAAUCUAUUAUUAAACAUUCCAUAGACAAAAGCAAAUCAGUGAUUAUAAAUAUAGAUAAAAAUGUGGUGAACAGGGAAGGCUUGCCUGUUCCUGGAGAAGAGUCACGGUUGACCUUGGAAAAGUGUCCCAAAUUUCUUGACACUCAAGUUCAUUAUGCCCUUUCAGUCGGAAAGGAUUGUGCUGUAGAAAGUAAAGGCCCAGUGGCUCAUGAAUUUUCUUUAGAGACACCAGCAUCAUGUCCAGUUACGACAGUUCAAAAAUCUGACUUGAAGGAACUUGCCAAAGAGAAGCCAGUGAAGAGGCAUAGUUUAAAUAAUACUGCAUUUGAGCCAUUGUCUUUUGGGCAAGAAAACCUGUUUCCUCAUUCGCACACUUUCACAUCUACAGUGCUUACCUGUGUAGAUGGUUUGCAUGUGGAAGAUAAACAGAAAAUCAGAGAUGGAAAUGUCAUACCUGAAACUCCUCCAUCAACUCCUCUAGUACCAUCCCAAGCUGGUUCCGAAUGGGAUAUCAAGAAGUUAACCAAAAAGCUCAAGGGAGAGUUAGCAAAGGAGUUUGCACCUGCUACACCACCUUCUACACCUCACAACCCGUCUGUUGGUAGUUUGUCUGAAAAUGAACAAAAUACCAUAGAAAAAGAAGAGUUUAUGCUGAAGCUCAUGAGAUCGCUUUCAGAAGAAGUAGAAAGUAGUGAAGGUGAAGAGCACCCAGAAGUGGAUGUGAAGUCAGAGCACUCAGGGAAGAAAGUUCAGUUUGCAGAAGGGUUAGCUACACACAUAAUUUCUCUUGCAACUGAAAUGGCAGCUUCUCAUUUAGAUAAUAAAGUAAUUCAAGAACCCAAGGUUAAAAACCCUUACUUAAAUGUGCAGAGUCAAACAAAUAUAUCUCCUCCUUUUUUAAAUUGCUCAGAUGAAAAUUUACAAGCACUGUGGAAUUUUGCAGGUGAUGUGGCGGCAGAGGUAAUUACAGAAGCUGAGAAAAUAGCAAAACUUAAAAGUUGUGUGCUUUCCAGGCAAAGGAAGAACAGUUGUUAUGCUGAUGGUUUCUAUUUCAAAAGAGCUGACUGGCAUGGUAGAUCAGAAGAGAAGUUGGAUAUAGAGGCUGUAGCACAUCCCAGAGAAGUGGAUCCGUAUAGUCUCUCCUUACCGUCCAGUGCUUGUAUGUCAGGUCUGACAUAUAAGUAUCCCAGCUGUGAAAGUGUGACAGAUGAAUAUGCAGGCCACAUUAUCCAAAUCCUAAAACAAGAAGGUGGUAAUAGUGAGUUAAUAAUGGAUCAGUAUGCUAAUAGACUUGCUUACAGAUCUGUGAAAUCAGGAUUACAAGAAGCAGCUAAGACAGCCAAAACAAAGUGCAGCUCUAAAACGUUCCCUGCACAAGGCUCACCAGAGAAAACCAAGAAUGAGCUAUUAACAUUCUUAACUAAAGAACACCACCAAGAAGUAGAUAAAAAAAGACGAAGUAAAAGGAAGGGAGGCUACUUUUGUAAAAAUCAAAGUUGUGAAAGGACACAGGAUACAUAUAGAAAUGAGUACUCCGAACUGUAUAGUUUUUCGGCCUCUCUUGCUCACAGCAUAACAAGAGAUGUUAAAAAAGAGCUAACAGCUUCUACAGUUGGCUUGCCAAAAUCCUUAACAGAUUCUUGCCUUUAUGAAAAAUCUGAAUGUGAUGAAGAUCCCGAGUCUCACACUGAACCAGAAUUUCCUAAACCUCUUCAGCCUUCCUUGCAAAAUCACAGAUUUUACCACAGUAUUGGAAGCUUAAAUGAAUAUGGUUGUGGAGAGAAUGUUGUUCAGACUGUAGAACAGUAUGCUAAAAAGGUAGUGGAUGACAUGUUGGAGCUAAGUUUAGAGUCUGCAGCUCUGCAAGUGUCUGAGACCACAAAAUCAGCAGAUAGGAUUACUUAUGCAGAAAAGUUGUCACCUCUUAUCAGUCAACCUUGCAGAUAUUGUAACCUUAAAGAGCUCCAUGAUUGCACUGGCAGUGCAUCUCAGCACUUUUUCAGACAGGAUACAGUUGCUAGUAGUAAGCUAGUUUCUAACUCAAAGUAUAGCAACAUCUACCAGAAAUCUAGAAUUUUUCAUCUUGAUGUCCCGCAAAUUCAUGUUAAUCUUGAUAAGAAGACAGUGCUUGCUGAGAAGGUCGUUGCUGAAGCUAUUGAAAAAGCAGAGAGAGAGCUGAGCAAUACCAGUUUGGCAGCUGACAGUGGAAUUGGACAAGAUGGCAUUACCUUUGCUGAAAGCCUCACCGCAGAAAUAAUGACAUCAGCAAUGACUAAUGUUGGACUUGCUGUUAGCAGUUCAAAAGAAAAAGAUGACUUUCAGUCAACUGAGUCUUUUGGUAGCCAGCAGUUGAAUCUCAGUAUUGGUGAAGACAGCACUGGUAGCUGGUCCAAUUUAAGUUUUGAAGAUGAACACCAGGAUGAAAGCAGCAGUUUUCAUCAUCUAAGUGAAAGUAAUGGUAACAGCAGUAGCUGGAGCAGUCUUGGUUUAGAAGGAGAUUUGUAUGAGGACAAUUUAUCCUUUCCAACAUCAGACAGCGAUGAACCAGAUGAUGAAGAUGAAGAGCACGAGGACGAUGUAGAAGGUUUGGGGCAAGAUGGAAAGACUCUGCUAAUUACAAAUAUUGACAUGGAGCCAUGCACAGUAGACCCCCAACUGAGGAUUAUUCUUCAGUGGCUUGUUGCCUCUGAGGCUGAAGUUGCAGAACUUUGUUUCCAUGACUCGGCCAAGGAGGAGUUUAUACUACUUUCAAAACGAUUACAAGAAAAAGGAUGGAAAGUGGGCGCCCUCCUGCAGGCUGUGCUUAAAUACUAUGAAGUGACGGAGAAGACGUCCGCUGAGGGGAGAUCCCAGUCACUGUUUGACUGGCUCUUGGAAAAUGCAUAGAACAAAUGCCAAACCAGUAGAUUUUAUUAUUUGUUUUGGGAGGGUAAGAAACAGGUAAAGAUGCGUAGGGUAAAAUUGGAAUAGUGAGUAUUAAUGUUGAGGAGAAAAUAAAUCUAGCCUUUGAAAUGCUUGUGUCACGCAGUGUAUAUAGUUCAUACUUCUGUAAUCUCUGUGAAAAUAUUGUCUUCAUUUAUUCUGCUAUCCACACGUAUUGUGUUCAGACUCUAACAACAUGUAUAUGAAGGAAAGUGUAAACAUGAGGUUUUCAGGGGCGUGGCCCCACGGCAUUCUUUUUGCAUCCAGAUAGUGCUGCUAGAGAUUGCACUGAAGGUGGCUGAGAAUAGAUUCCAGGGAUAAAGUUAUAAUUUUCUCGCUACGAUGAGAGCAACAGGUAUGCUCCUUUGGAAACAAAUCGUAUCCUAUUAAUAACCAACCUGACAUCAAAUAAUAAAGUUAAAGCUAACGUUGUUUAUCUGGAAGAUUUUUUUGUCCUGUUUUUAAAAACCCGCUUUAUUUCAUAGCUCAGCUGUUGGUAGCUCUUUUUAAUCCCCCAAACCAUUUAAUUUCUUAGCAGAAACAUUAGUAUUUUAGGUUUCUGUAAACACUGUGAGUGUCCACAGCCUUUCCUCAAGUGACAUUAUUUACCAAUGCUGCCAGUUGUUCUGGCAUGAAAGGGUGUGUGCGCACGUGCGUGUCUAUAUGUAUGUACAUGUGUGUGUGUAAAGAAGUACCUUGAUCUUGCAGGUGGUUGAUGUCCUCUUUUAUUUUCCUAUUUACUUGGUUGGAAACCCACUAUUAACACGAAAAAGGUGCUUUAAAUAAAAUGUCUGUAAAGAUUGUGCAGUAAGAAUUUUUACUUCUCUUUAACUGUUUUGGGCCCCCCACUUAGCCUACAAAUGAAAAUUCAAAUUGCAAAACUUGUUGAAAAUUGAAAAAUUAAUAAGGAGACAAAUUUAGGAAAGCCCAAUAACAUUAACACUUUCCAUUGUUGGAUUUUUGAACCCCUUCCUCCCCCCAGCAAGGAUAAACUUUUCCUAGAAAAAUGGGAUUUUUUUUCCUUUUCCAGAUAAAAUGUAUCUGCACUCUUUUGUAAAGUUCUCUGCCAGGAUCUUUUUACUGCUUUGUCUUUAGAAACUGCAGACUGACGCGAUUAGAGGACCAAGGUUGACUCUUGGUUUCUGUGGGGGUGUGCAUGUGUGGGUGUUUGGUUCUCCCCAGAGGAUUUUGUAAUCUAAGGUAAACCGCUUUUGUUAGGGACUUUGAUUUUGCUCCAUUAAACUGUCUUUUUUCCUGAGCACUGACUGUUCUGGAAGCUGCACAAAGUAUGGAAGGCAUGUCAAACCGCCAGGGAAUAAGGGCACUUACAUAGAUUCGAAUUAGUAAUUAUAGUAGAGAAAUGUGUUUUGUACUGAAAGAGUCAGAUUUGCUUUUUCAGAAGAAUGCCAAAAGCUAUUUAAAUAUUUUCCGAGGUUUAAUUAUAUAAGCUUUGGGUUUUUAAAAUUUAAGACCGUAGAAAUAGAGCGAGGCUUAAACAUAAAUGUUUGCUAAAGUUUCUUCAAGUGUUUUUUAAGACAAGGAAUGAAGGAAAUAUAAAACCAGAAUUGUUUCUGCCUUUAGCUUCUCAGAGCUUGAGAUACAGUAGCACUGGGCUGGAUUUUUAGACCUCAGGCACAGGAAUGUUUGCUCUUGUUAACUAUAACAUCGAUUAAUUGGUUCUUAAUGUUAGAUUGCAUUUUCAUAAGUAUAUUAACUAGCACAUUGUGUUUAAAAACUUGGAUGUACGUAUGUUUGAUCAACAGCAAAAGUGACUUCUGAAUUUCUUUUAAGCUAUAGUGACAACAUAUUAGUUUUGCAAAACUUUCUGUGCUUGACAAUGUUUAUUUCUCUUAAGAUAAUAAUUUUGAGGUAAGACUUUCCUCAUAUCGUCGUUUCCUUUCUAUUUUUCUAGAGCUAUGCUGUGCUCAGAGUUCUCAUUUUAACCACUACAUAAUGACAGAACAGUUACUAGGUGUUAGCAUGCGUAAUAAUAGUAAUAGUGAAACUCCACACUUGUAUUAGUUCAGUGCAGGGGCAUAGAGAAAAAUAUUAAGUAUUGGCAGAUGUGAAAAGAAGCGUGAGUUAUGCUUUCUUAUUUACAGAAACCAUUUGUGUUUGGAGCAGUAUCUUUUCAUCAAGUACAGUCUGAGCUUGCUUUCUUUCAAGGCACUUUGUGUAUGUGAUUUUCCAAAGACAUUCUAGAUGUGUUUGGUUGCUCAGUCUUCAGAACAGCUUUGUUUGUUGAGGACAGCCCUCACUGUCUUAUUUUAUUACAGACGACAUAUAUUGUAGUAUUGCCAUUCUCUGCAUCUUCGUCCUUAUGAAAUACAUGUUUUAUUUAGAGCUGUUAAAGUUGUGAUGUGCAUUGAGCUGAACUCUCAGUUUGUCCAUUCAGGAACUAUUGAAGGACCUAUGGAAUGAAAAUGAGGGAAACCUCUAAUAGGGGUUUUUUAGAACAUUAUUUUUUAGACUGAAACGCGGUAAUAUUUCACAUUCUCCUUUUCCUAAGCCAAGUUUAAAUUACAUUUCUAUUUUGGGCAUACAUUGAUUUUGAAAAUAUUUCCUGAUUUAUACAAAAAAGAAUGAUUCAUUUUUAAAUCACAGAAGAAAAUGACAGUAUCAGUUGAUGGUUUCAUACGAUUUAAUGGAGUUACAAAACCUUUGAGGCACGCACUCAAUGAAUAUAUGCGAUAACGUCUUUAUACUUUGAAAAACGUUCUACUUCAGAUAUUUGAUGUGAAUUUAAUUCAAUUUAUAAUGCUUUAAUUUUGCUUAAAUAAGGGUUUUAUGUUACUGAUAGGAAAAUUUAAUCGCUUAUUAAGUACAUCAUGUAAUAAAGUGAAAAUUUGCACACGUAACUUUGACAUUAGUGUACACGUUUCCCGAAUGCACAGUUGAAUCUUGACUCAACAGACCCCAGAUUCAAAUGUCUGCUUCGUUAAUAGCUUAGCUAAUGUUUUUAUUCUAGAAUUAAUAUUGUCCAUUUACCAUCAGCAUAUCAGUUUAAAUUUUACAUUUUUCAAAGGAGACUUUCCACAUAACUUUUUUUUUUUUUUAAAUGAUGUAUCCAUACCCAGGGUGUAGGGAAAAUACUUUCCAUUUAAAACCCUGUCUACCUGUCACCAGCACAAGAGAAUUAGAGCCUCUGGUGAGAGUUUUAAAAUUAUACUAAAGUGAAAUGGAUUUUCCCCCUUGUUUUCAGCAAGAUACCCUCUAAGCAUUUAUUCAGUUUACUGUAUUCCUGCUCGGAAGCUGCAGGUACAGUAUUAGUCACUCUUGUCACUUUAUCUAUUUAUUAUUUUUUUACCAUCCAUGUACAUUCCUUUUGUAUGGGUAGAGUUGUAGCUGUAGAAGUUCAUUGUUUUGUUUUUGUUGUAAUGUUUGAAUACUAUUUAAUAUCAUGCUUUAAUAUUGCUGGAUUUGCUACCUUUGGUUACUUGUGCAGUGCUGAAAGUAAUCCACAUUCUUGUUUAAUAUACCCGAUAUAUAUCAGAAGCAUCUUCGAAUAAUUGUAGCUGUUUAUUUGACUGUGCUGAAUGAUUACAUUAAGAUCUUGUACUGUGUAAUGGUAACUUUUUUUUUUUCCUCUUCAGUAAUUUAAUGUAUUCACUUACCAAAAUAUGAAUUUCAGGAUGCACUAAAAUUUUCUUUGUUUUAGCAGUGACUCAAAGCAAACCUUUCAGAAAUUACUUAUGUAAUAAUUUGCAAUUGAUUGUUCUUUUAUCUUUUAUCUUGUUUAAGCCUGUGAUCUUUCCUCCCCCAAGAAUCCUCCAAUAAAUUUAAGAGACGCCUGGCCUUGGCUUUCAUUCUGUAAUAUCUCGUUAACCGGUCUGUACUGGACUAAAACAAUGGCAUGCAAGUGGGGCUGCUGUGAUAGAAGACACAUCAAAGAAUCUAAAUGCUCACAUUGUGGUUCUGAAGAACAAGAGAAGUCAGGGAUAUUUUUAAUAGACCUUGGGCUAUACCUCCUUAUAGAGCCUCUAGAUGCUGUCCUAAGUGACUGGAAAGGCUACUUGUCCAUUUGGUUUUGGAUUUUAGUGCAAAGUAGAAUAAUUAUGAUAGCUUUGAAUAUCGGUUAUGAAAUUCUUGUGAUAGGGAUUUAGUGCUCCUUCCUGAGUAUGUAGAGAUUACCCUUCUGUCUCGUGAUGUAGCAUGAGAUACUUAGGUGCUGAUGGUUUAUUACUAGUGGCAUUUGAUUUUCUUCUUGAGUGUUUGAAGCCCUGAAAUUAGUUAAUGAUAUUCUAGCUUUCUGUGACUGUUUCACAAUGCUGGGAAAUAAUGGAUAGCAAAGAAUGGGAAAGCUUGGGUCUGAGUACAUUCAAGUGACUAAAAAACGAUUCAAAAAAUGCUGAGGAAAACAAAAAGCAAGAUUCCAUAGAGACUGGCUCCAAAAGGG